UGAAGUCUUUGCCCGGAAGUGUUCCCCUGAGUUCCGGCUGCUGUAACAAGCAGUCAACGGGACGAAAACUGCGGUUCUGUUCUGUUUAUCAGGGCUUCGUGUGUAAUGGCAGCCCAAAUGAAAGACAAAGAAGCCUACCAAAGACUAAACUAUCUGUACCAGGCUGCACAUUGUGUUCUUUCGCAAAACCCGGAAAAUGUGGAGCUGGCGCGUUUCUACUGCUUCACACAGAAGACCAUUGCGAGACGAUUAGUCCUCCGGCAGGAUCCGUCAGUGAAGAGAACAUUAUGCAAGAAGUGCUGCUCGUUGCUCAUCCCAGGUGUCACGGCUACGACAAGACAGCGAAGGAAAAAAAACAAGACUCGCUUCACGGUCAUGAGGUGCCUCAGCUGUGGGCAGAGCAAGACAUUACUGAAUAAUCCAGAUUAUAGUUUGUGGGUGGACCGUCCCGAGGCUCAGAUGGAGCAACAGAAGCAGCCAGAUCCUUCUCGUAAGAAUCAGCCGAAAGACAAAAAGUGUGGUGGUUCAGCUCCUUCUUCUAAACCUGCCGCUGCCCCGAGCAGCACCAGCACCUAGCAGCAGUUCCCCUCUUCUCACUGUGAAAUAUGAAGGACUGAUAUUUAUCCUUUUUGUUUUUUAGCUUUAUUGUGUUGCAUAUCUUCAGUAUCUGAGGAGGUGGUCUGAUCAUUUUUGAAUGCAGACUUUUCACUUCUGUACUUUUAUUAAUUUAUUGAUUCAGUGAGAUUUUGGCCUCUGAGAGAUAAUUUUUUGUUUUUCUCUUUAAGUUCUUCCGUUUGUCGCCAUGUUAUUUUUGGUGCUACCAGCAGAUGGCAGCAUUUGUGUGAUGGAGUUAAAGGAAGAACAUGUUGGUGGGGGUGUCAUGGGUUUUUAAAGGAGAACUUCAUUGAUACCAAUAGUUUUAUUAAAAACUGCCAACAACAAUGGAAAA